AUGGAUUCUGGACUACGGCUGACCAGCGUUUUCACUUUGUUCUUCUCCGGCUUGUGGCAUUUAGGAUUAACAGCGGCAAAUUACAACUGUGAUGACCCAUUAGCAUCCUUGCUCUCUCCAGUGGCUUUUUCCAGCUCCUCAGACCUCAAUGGUACUCACAUCCCAGCUCAGCUCAACCGAAGAGUUGGAACUGGCGGUUGGUCCCCAGCAGAUUCCAAUGCUCAGCAGUGGCUCCAGAUGGACCUGGGCAACAGACUGGAGAUUACAGCAGUGGCCACGCAGGGAAGAUACGGAAGCUCUGACUGGGUGACGAGCUACAGCCUGAUGUUCAGUGACACAGGACGCAACUGGAAACAGUACAAGCAAGAAGACAGCAUCUGGACCUUUGCAGGAAACAUGAACGCUGACAGUGUGAUGCACCACAAGUUACUGCACUCUGUGAGAGCCCGGUUCGUUCGCUUUGUGCCCCUGGAGUGGAAUCCAAGUGGAAAGAUCGGCAUGAGGGUUGAGGUCUAUGGAUGCUCCUAUAAAUCAGACAUCGCUGACUUUGAUGGCCGAAGCUCCCUUCUGUACAGGUUCAAUCAGAAGCUGAUGAGUACUCUCAAAGAUGUGAUCUCCCUGAAGUUCAAGAGCAUGCAAGGAGAUGGGGUCCUGUUCCACGGAGAAGGACAACGUGGAGACCACAUCACCCUGGAGCUCCAGAAGGGGAGGCUCGCCCUGCACCUCAACUUGGAUGACAGCAAACCUCGGCUCAGCAGCAGCCCCCCCUCGGCCACCCUGGGCAGCCUCCUGGAUGACCAGCACUGGCACUCCGUCCUUCUCGAGCGGGUCGGCAAGCACGUGAACUUCACUGUGGACCGGCACACACAGCACUUCCGGACCAAGGGUGAGGCGGAUGCCUUAGACAUCGACUAUGAGCUUAGUUUUGGAGGAAUUCCAGUACCAGGCAAACCUGGGACCUUUUUAAAGAAAAACUUCCACGGAUGUAUUGAAAACCUUUACUACAAUGGAGUAAACAUAAUUGACCUGGCUAAAAGGCGGAAGCAUCAGAUCUACACCGGCAAUGUCACAUUUUCCUGCUCGGAACCACAAAUUGUUCCCAUCACAUUUGUCAACUCGAGCAGCAGUUAUUUGCUGCUGCCCGGCACCCCCCAAAUUGAUGGGCUCUCGGUGAGUUUCCAGUUUCGAACUUGGAACAAGGAUGGUCUUCUUCUGUCCACGAUGCUCUCUGAGGGCUCAGGGACCCUGCUGCUGAGCCUGGAGGAUGGAACCCUGAGACUCGUGAUUCAGAAAAUGACAGAACGUGCAGCUGAAAUCCUCACAGGCAGUGACUUGAAUGAUGGCUUGUGGCAUUCAGUGAGCAUCAACGCCAGAAGGAACCGCAUCACUCUCACUCUGGAUAACGAUGCAUCAUCCCCGGCUCAGGACACUACCCGGAUGCAGAUUUAUUCUGGAAAUCGCUAUUACUUUGGAGGGUGCCCUGACAAUCUCACCGAUUCCCAGUGCUUACAGCCCAUUAAUGCUUUCCAAGGCUGCAUGAGGCUCAUCUUUAUUGAUAACCAGCCCAAGGACCUCAUUUCAGUUCAGCAAGGUUCCCUGGGGAAUUUUAGUGAUUUACACAUUGAUCUGUGUAGCAUCAAAGACAGGUGUUUGCCAAACUACUGUGAACAUGGAGGAAGCUGCUUCCAGUCCUGGGUGACCUUCUACUGUAACUGCAGUGACACAGGUUACGUGGGCGCCACCUGCCAUAACUCCCUCUACGAGCAAUCCUGUGAGGUGUACAGACACCAAGGCAACACAGCUGGUUUCUUCUACAUCGACUCAGAUGGCAGUGGGACCCUGGGACCCUUCCAAGUGUACUGCAACAUCACAGAGGACAAGAUCUGGACAUUGGUGCAGCACAACAACACAGAGCUGACCCAUGUGCGAGGUGCCAACGCUGAGAAGCCCUACUCCAUGACCUUGGACUACGGAGGCAGCUUGGAGCAGCUGGAGGCCGUGAUUGACAGCUCGGAGCACUGUGAACAGGAGGUGGCCUACCACUGCAAGAGGUCCCGCCUGCUCAACACGCCAGAUGGAACCCCAUUGACCUGGUGGAUCGGACGGUCCAAUGAAAGACACCCCUACUGGGGAGGUGCCCCUCCCGGAGUUCAGCAGUGUGACUGUGGCCUAGACGAGAGCUGCCUGGACAUUCGACACUUUUGCAAUUGUGACGCUGACAAGGACGAAUGGACAAAUGAUACUGGCUUUCUUUCCUUCAAAGACCACUUGCCUGUCACUCAGAUAGUUAUCACUGAUACCAACAGAUCAAACUCAGAAGCUGCUUGGAGAAUUGGUCCCUUGCGUUGCUAUGGUGACCGACACUUCUGGAAUGCGGUAUCAUUUUAUACAGAAGCCUCUUACCUCCACUUUCCUACCUUCCGUGCGGAAUUCAGUGCUGACAUUUCCUUCUUUUUUAAAACCACGGCUUUAUCUGGAGUUUUCCUAGAAAACCUUGGCAUUAAAGACUUCAUCCGACUUGAAAUAAGCUCUCCUUCCGAGAUCACUUUUGCCAUUGAUGUUGGGAAUGGCCCCAUAGAGCUCAUAGUCCAGUCCUCUUCUCCUCUGAAUGACAACCAAUGGCAUUAUGUCCGGGCCGAGAGGAACCUCAAGGAGACCUCACUCCAGGUGGACAACCUCCCAAGGAUGACCAGGGAGACCUCAGAGGAGGGCCAUUUCCGGUUACAGCUCAACAGCCAGCUGUUUGUAGGGGGAACAUCAUCAAGACAGAAAGGCUUCCUAGGAUGCAUACGCUCCUUACGCUUGAAUGGGCAGAAACUGGACCUGGAGGAGAGGGCAAAGGUCACGUCUGGAGUCCGGCCCGGAUGCCCGGGCCAUUGCAGCAGUUACGGCCGCAUCUGCCACAACGGAGGCAAGUGUGUGGAGAAGCACAAUGGGUACUUCUGCGACUGCACCAAUUCACCGUACGAAGGGCCCUUUUGCAGAAAAGAGGUUUCUGCUGUCUUUGAGGCUGGUACUUCAGUGACUUACAUGUUUCAAGAACCCUACCCGGUGACCAAGAAUAUAAGCCUCUCUUCCUCAGCGAUUUAUGCAGAUGCAGCCCCAUCCAAAGAAAACAUUGCAUUGAGCUUUGUGACAGCCCAGGCACCCAGCCUCCUGCUCUGUAUCAACUCUUCUUCUCAGGGAUACCUGGCUGUCUUGCUCUGCAAGAAUGGAAGCUUACAAGUUCGCUACCAGCUAAGCAAGGAAGAAACCCAUGUAUUCACCAUCGAUACAGAGAACUUUGCCAACAGAAGACUGCACCACCUGAAGAUUAACCGAGAGGGCAGAGUGUUUACCAUUCAGAUGGAUCAGCACCUCCGACUCAGUUAUAACUUCUCCUCAGAGGUUGAGUUCAGGGCCAUCAGGUCCCUCACUUUGGGCAAAGUUACAGAGAAUCUUGGACUGGAUUCUGAAGUUGCUAAAGCAAACACCCUGGGUUUUGUUGGUUGUCUGUCUUCAGUCCAAUACAACCAUAUAGCACCACUGAAGGCAGCCCUGCGCCAUGCCACCAUCGCACCUGUAACCAUCCAAGGGAUCUUGACAGAAUCCAGCUGUGGCUUGAUGAUGGAUUCGGAUGUGAAUGCAGUGACCACAGUGCAUUCUUCAUCAGAUCUUUUUGGGAAGACAGAUGAGCGGGAACCACUCACCAACGCAGUGCAAAGUGACUCGGCUCUCAUUGGAGGAGUAAUAGCAGUGGUGAUAUUCAUCAUCUUCUCAAUCAUCGGCAUCAUGAGUCGCGUCCUUUACCAACAUAAGCAGUCACAUCGUACCAACCAGAUGAAGGAGAAGGAAUAUCCGGAAAAUUUGGACAGUUCCUUUAGAAAUGACAUUGAUUUGCAAAACACAGUGAGCGACUGUAAGCGGGAAUAUUUCAUCUGA